UAUGUACAAAGCAGGCUUCCCUCGAGGGGCGGCUGUUGCUUUAAGCCGGCCCUGGAGCGAGCAGAGAAGGGAAGCCAGAAGCUGCGCGGCGGGCCCCGGAGGUCCUUUCCCCCUGCGGAGAAACAAAACCACCUACGGUACGGGCGGCAACAGCAGCAGGAGGAGGAGGAGAGCGUGUGCGAGUUUCGGAUCCGUUCGGCUCCCGCCUAAAGCGCCCAGCAUUGAAUCAGCGCGUGGAGCUCGAGAGCUCCUCGGCUGCGCUUGCCUCGGGCACUUGCGCGACGCUGCUUCUCUGCCUUGGAUCGCAAUCAGAGGAAGAAGAAAAGCGCUGACAGAUAAAGGCAGCAAGCCGUCGCCGCCGCCGCCGCCACAGCAGCCUCCUCCUCCUCCGCCGCCACCCCCCACCCCUGCGCCGCCGCCGCCGCUCCGCGUUGACAGGCAGCGGGAGCAACAGCAGCGGCCGCGGCAGUCCUUCCUGCACGCGCGCGCGCGCAACACACACAACACACACACACACACACACACACACACACACACACACACACACUCAGGACACACACAGAGAGAGCCCGCCAGCCCUGGAGGAGGAAGGCAAGCCAGGAGCGGAGGGCAGGGGAGCCAAGCCGCAGCCCAUGAACUAAGGAAGGACCGCCGCUUCUCUGCACGGGCAUCAUGUGGGUCAGUUUGUAAGAGGGGUUGGGGGGCCGGAUCCCCUCUCUUCGCCUCCCCCCCUCGCUCUCCCUCCCCUCCCCCUAGCACAGGCGGCCACACACACACGCACACACCGACCAGGAGGAGGAGGAGGCGGCGGCGAGGGAGCCGCAGAGGCCGCUGGAAUAAUAAGAGAAUUGAUUGUGAAAAAGGAAAGCAGAAGAAAUAUUUCCUGGCAAGAUGGCCGACUUGGAGGCUGUGCUCGCCGAUGUGAGCUACUUGAUGGCUAUGGAGAAAAGUAAAUCCACUCCGGCAGCCCGGGCCAGCAAGAAGAUCGUGCUACCUGAGCCGAGUAUCCGCAGUGUUAUGCAGAAAUACUUGGAAGACCGGGGUGAGGUGACCUUUGACAAGAUAUUUUCUCAGAAGAUUGGUUUCCUGCUGUUCCGAGAUUUCUGCCUAAAUCAGGUGGAGGAAGCCAAACCACUGGUGGAAUUCUAUGAAGAGAUAAAAAAGUAUGAGAAGAUGGACUCCGAAGAGGAUCGAGCUAUUAAGAGCCGUCAGAUCUUUGACACAUACAUCAUGAAGGAACUCUUGUCCUGUUCUCACCCCUUCUCCAAGACUGCCACAGAAUAUGUGCAGAGCCGCCUCAGCAAGAAGCAAGUGCCGCCUGACCUGUUCCAGCCAUACAUUGAGGAGAUCUGCGAGUGUCUGCGUGGGACUAUCUUCCAGAGGUUCAUUGAGAGUGACAAGUUCACACGCUUCUCCCAGUGGAAGAAUGUGGAGCUCAACAUCCAUCUGACCAUGAAUGACUUCAGCGUCCACCGGAUCAUCGGGCGUGGCGGCUUUGGCGAGGUCUACGGCUGCCGGAAAGCAGACACGGGCAAAAUGUAUGCCAUGAAAUGCUUGGAUAAGAAGCGCAUUAAGAUGAAGCAGGGGGAGACAUUGGCCCUGAACGAGCGCAUCAUGCUCUCGCUUGUCAGCACCGGGGAUUGCCCCUUCAUCGUGUGCAUGUCGUACGCCUUCCAAACACCUGACAAGCUCAGCUUCAUCCUGGACCUCAUGAAUGGGGGUGACCUACAUUACCACCUCUCCCAGCAUGGGGUCUUCUCUGAGGCAGAGAUGCGCUUCUACGCAGCAGAGAUCAUCCUGGGGCUGGAACACAUGCACAACCGCUUCGUGGUGUAUCGCGACCUCAAGCCAGCCAACAUCUUGCUAGAUGAGUUUGGCCAUGUGCGUAUCUCAGAUCUGGGGCUCGCCUGUGAUUUCUCCAAGAAGAAGCCUCAUGCCAGCGUUGGCACACAUGGGUACAUGGCGCCAGAGGUGCUGCAGAAGGGCGUUGCCUAUGACAGCAGUGCCGACUGGUUCUCUCUAGGCUGCAUGCUCUUCAAACUACUGAGGGGGCACAGCCCCUUUCGGCAGCACAAGACUAAAGACAAGCAUGAGAUCGACCGCAUGACGCUCACUAUGGCUGUGGAGCUCCCAGACUCCUUCUCACCUGAGCUGCGCUCUCUGCUGGAGGGGCUGCUGCAGAGAGAUGUGAACCGUCGGCUGGGUUGUAUGGGCCGCGGGGCGCUUGAGGUGAAGGAGAGUCCCUUCUUCCAGGGUCUAGACUGGCAGAUGGUUUUCCUCCAAAAGUAUCCGCCCCCCUUGAUCCCACCCCGUGGGGAGGUGAAUGCAGCUGACGCUUUUGACAUUGGCUCCUUUGAUGAAGAGGACACCAAAGGCAUCAAGCUGUUGGACAGUGACCAGGAGCUCUAUCGCAACUUUCCACUCACCAUCUCGGAGCGUUGGCAGCAGGAGGUGACAGAGACCGUCUUUGACACAGUCAAUGCUGAGACUGACAAGCUGGAGGCUCGCAAAAGAGCCAAGAACAAGCAGUUGGGCCACGAGGAAGAUUAUGCCCAUGGCAAGGACUGCAUCAUGCAUGGCUACAUGUCAAAACUGGGGAACCCUUUCCUCACGCAGUGGCAGAGGCGGUACUUCUACCUCUUCCCAAAUCGGUUGGAGUGGCGUGGAGAAGGAGAAUCCCCGAUGUUUUGGAUCCUACAACAGCAGUCGCUGCUCACCAUGGAAGAGAUCCAGACUGUUGAGGAGACACAGAUAAAGGAUCGAAAGUGCAUCCUCCUAAAGAUCCGGGGUGGCAAGCAGUUUGUCCUGCAGUGUGACAGCGAUCCGGAGUUGGUGCAGUGGAAGAAGGAGCUGUGCGAUGCCUACCAGGCAGCCCAGCAGCUGCUGCAGAGGGUGCCCAAAAUGAAACACAAGCCGCGCUCUCCGGUGGUGGAGCUCAGCAAGGUCGCUCUGCUCCAGCGCAGCAGCAGCAGCACCAAUGGCCUCUGACCCUCCUUGACUUCCUCUCCCAUCCUUAAUUUAUUUGGCUGGGUUUGUCCACCAUCCCCACCCUCUCUCCUGUCUCCUUUCACUGAUCAUUGUGGUGUCCACCCCAGCCCCCUGGGGUAUUAUAGUGAGGGGGUGGGGCAUCCAGAAGGUGUGGGACCGACUUCCCUCUCCCCAUCCCCCAGCACAGGGAGACCAAUACCUAUUUGAGGGGAAGGAGCCUGGUUGGCAAGGUGGAUGAGCGUCGACCCCGACCCCCCCCUGCCCCCCACGAAGGAAAGCUGGGAUUAAAGCCCUGCCUCUAAAUAGGACCAAUAGGAGGAGAUGCCCUGAGAUGUGCCACACAUCUUGUGUCCUUCCUGCUUCUUCCCCUGUGGGUGCCAGACAUGCGCUAGCACACUCACAAGAGAGCCUGCUGGCUUAGGCCUUGCUCCCCAUGGAGUGGCAGGGCAUGUCCUCUCAGGUGAGUCCCUUCACACCAGCUGACGUGAAGAGACGCACCGGCACGACAAUCCGUGUUCCCAGCCCCUUUUCUUUCCAGCGCCAGGCUCUGGCAUACGUUCCACAGCAGGCUCCCUGCAGAAAGGGCGCCCUGGUUCUGGCAUGGAUGGGUGGGAUAGCUCGAAAGAGUGCAUUUCCCGCCGCCCGUCACUCACAGAAUAUCAGCUAGGCAGCCACUGUGCCAUAAGCAAUCCCCCUCACCAUUGGCUGGGUUUGCACUCUAGAGUAUGAUAAGGAAUUGCCUUGAAACUCUUACACUGUAACGAAAAUGUCUAACAAAAAAAUGAAGGCUUUCUCCUGUUCUGUUCUGUUCUCUUCCCUUCGUCGAUGAGUUCACGUCCUGAAUCCUUCCCUACCACCCUCUUCUGGUCCCACCAAUUGCCAUUCCAAAUCCCAAAUUCCUGACCUGGGGCAGCGGCUGCUGCUGCUGCUCUUGCUGCCGCCUCAGAGUUUUGGCCUGCCCUCUGCCUCUUUGCCACCCUGCUCUCCCAGGCAUUCUCUUAUCAACUGUGCCAAAUUUCAAGUUUAUUGUUGUGCCCUUCCCAGUUGGCCCCACGGAGAGUCUGCAAAAAGUCGUACUCCCUGGGGCUGAAUCUGGACAAGCUCCCUGCGUUUGGCUUGCCCAGUCUCUGUACUAUUGCCUCUGAAUCUUCUCCUUGGAGUGGGAUGAGAACUGCCUCGUGCUCUGCUGUCUCUACUGCCAAACACCCAUCUUGCUUUGCUACGGAAAGAGGGGAGGGGCAGCAGGUUUCAUGCCAAAAGAGAUUUCUGAGCUGCCCAGCCCCUCUGCUCUCAGGGCCUCUCUGGGCUGAGCCUGGAGUGGGGGGUGCGGUCACUGGAAGCUCGGCCUGGAUGAGGCUCUGUGCCAAGUCCCAAGUGUCUGAAGGAUUCUGUAAAUAUCUUUGUGCCAAGGGCUGGGUGUGGAAAAACUAGGCCCAUUCUGCCCCUCCCUUCCAGUAUCCCUCUGUAUUAACAGCUCCCCCCACCCACCACCUCCCCUUCCCCUAGCAGUGUUACGGUUUCUCCCACAGGAUGGGGAGAAAUCUCAGGUUGAAUUGACCCUGUGCCCCUCCUCCUCCUCUUCCCUCCAUCUGCGGUUUAACAGAGGGGUGUUAAGGGUAGAUGGCUUUCGGUUGGGGAUCAGGUCUCUCAUCCCCAUGGUGUCAUGCCCCAAGCGCAUGCGAUUGCCUCUGCUGCAUGCCCCCCCCUCCUCCGCCUCAUGUGAUGAGUUUUUGCCUGUUCUGCUACAUGGCUCCCACAUUCCUCCCAAGGCGAUUGGCCCUGGGAGGGGGAGGCGUAGAGCGGGAGCCCCCCCCUUCCCCUGCAGUGUUUGUAAAUAUUGAUCUCUGGUUUGUCUCUCUGGGUUAUUAUUAUGGAUUUUUUUGCCGAUUUUUGAAUGUGAUUUUAAUGAGUGGGAUAAAAAAGACUGUUUUUAUAAUAAAAAAAAUCCAAAACCCACAAAGCUUAGAAAAA